AUGACUGUUGUAGCAAGCACGUUUUCUCCCCCAAAUUGCUACUCUGUCCACGAUCGCCAAUCGCUGUUGGCGCCGUACGUGGACAGCGUGUUCACAAACCAUGUGUCUGCACUUCGGAAAAAGCUGCCUACCCCCUCCGUUGCCAGCACAGACACUAGUGUUGCGCCGUCGUGCAUGUUGUACACAUUGGACAGCGAGUACGAGGGACGGAGGAGUCUGAAAACUCACAGCUCCAUGUCCUCUCUUUCCUGCGCCAGCAGCACUCGUCGUCCAAACGCUUCCCCUGCUGUGCUUCAGCUACUUCGAAGCACACAAAUUCCCCUGCCCCGAUUCUGUAAAUCCCGCAAAAAGGGUCGUAUAAGUAGGGAAACUAACCGCGAACGGCUGAAGUCUCGCUUGGAUCGUGUAUUGGAAUCACAAAGCAAUGCUCAUACCAGCGCUACGAGCAACAAUAACAACGACAACAAUGCUGAUCCUUACGGAUUUCUGUUUGAGCCACCUCAGCCGCAGGGUAUUCUUGACGCACAAGGACAAAUCCCUUGCCCCGCACCGGAAUUGAAGUGUCCUGGACUCGCUGCUGGCUCACCUGCCUCGAGCGCCGGAUCGUCUCCUUCUUUCUCUGAUGAGUCAGACGUCGAGAGUCCUUUCCUCUUUCGUUGCAAAGGCGAGGCUUCGGUAGUGGAUGAUUUGUCUGAGUCGGUGUUUUUUCCCGUUGGCAGUGCUCCGGUAGCCGGUACAUUCCCGUUGCAGCGUCGCCGUCUGCGUGUUUUCACUAAGAAGCUUGUCGAAGAACAUCCUCUUGCGAACGCAGAAGACGCUGCCUCUUCAUAUUCUGAUUUAGAAAAGUCGUUCUCUUCCAGUAGCAGUAGCGGUAGUCGUUCGUUGGCAGAUGAUUCUGUGUCACUCCCUGUAAACGUCGUCAAGCCAGCCUCUGUGAAUGCCGUUGAAGAUGCCGCAGCUUCAGCUGGUGAAAAGAACCAGGCCUCCAAAACGAAACGAUCGCCUAUGGACCGCAAUGCCUCUUUGCAAGCCAAGCUUAGCAGUUUUUCCAGCAAAAUCGUUCGCCGUGUCUUUGGCCAUUCUGGAAAACACUCGGAUUCGGCGAAUGCCACUUCAAAGGCCAAGUCUUCUGAUGCCAACGUGAACGGCAAUGAGGACCUUGUCAGUGCCAUUCUGUGUUUCCAGGAUGGAUGGGUUGUUGAGGACUGUGCACCCGUAUCUGGUCAUUUGUUUUAUCCUAUGGAAGAGUGGAAGGAGAACACUGAGGUCCAACUUAGGCAUCCAAGGUUGAAUUCGUCUUUCAUCAGGGUGAUGGUUCUUGAGACCCAAAUGCGUCGUGUUGGUAAACUUUCUUCUCAAGUGCAGGGUCGUGCAAAACUUAUUCUCAUGCCGAAACCGCCUUUCCAACCUCGAUGUAGUCCCCUUAGGCACAACUGGUCUUCUCCAUCUUCCUCUUCUUCUGGGGCGUUGAAUUAA